AUGCUACGACACGGGAGUAUACUGGGGUUCUUUCUCAAGCCUCUAGGAUGGAUCCCCGGCGGCCCUCAGCAAGCCGCCUACGCCGCCGCCCUCGGCCUCGUCGCCAUCCAGGUCGGCAUCGGCAUUAUCAUGAAGAUCUCCCAGACCGGCGGUUCGUAUUCUUUUUCCCCGUCGGCGUCUGUCACCAUUUCCGAGUUCUUCAAGAUGGUUCUGUCCACCAUCUUCUUCUACAACGAAUGCAAGCGUAGGGUCGCCGACGGCAUCCGCCCGUCGACCCGCGGAGGUGGCACCGGCUACUCUUCGCUUGCUACUUCAGAACUUCCCAUGAACGAGAGGAGCAGUCUGGAUGAAAAACGAGAAGAGGAAGGAUUGAGUGGCAGUGCUAGCUCCUCGAGCAACAGCAACGCCGUCGAGAAGCACACCGGCCCUCUGCAGCCGCUCGACUUGAGGACCUACUGGAGCUAUAUCCGCGGAGAGGUUACCAGAGACGUCCGAUAUGGCUUCUGCAACCUGGCCCUGUUUUACGUUCUCAUCAACAACUCGAUUUUCGUCAGCUACAAGAUGGCCGACCCCGGUACGAUUCAACUGACCAAGAGUGGUGUCACCUUCAUCACCGCUCUGGUCAUGAUUGCGACCCUGAAUACCAAAAUUUCUAAGAUUCAGUGGAUCGCCAUUCUGAUGCAGAUUUGCGGUCUGUCGGUGACACAGUACAACCCUCAGACGGGCACGACCUACCCUUUCAGCACGUACUUCAUCCUGCUCUUCCAGGUCUUCCUGAGCGCGUCCUCGGGCGUGUACAACCAGGCUCUGCUCAAGACUGACGACUCGAGCUUGCACGCCGACAACAUGAUCCUUUACGGUGCCGGUGCCACCAUGAACCUUUUAUGCCAUCUGGUCAUCAAGGCAUUGAAGGCCGACGAGCCGGGCUUCUUCGAGGGUUACAACAGCUUUGGUGCUAUCAUGGUCAUUGUCAGCAAUGUCUUCAUUGGCCUUGCCAUCACUGCCGUCUACAAGUAUGCCGAUGCCGUCAUCAAGUGCUUCGCCACUGCCGUCGCGACCGGCAUUCUCCUCUACGUCUCGCCUCUACUGUUCGGAACCAAUCUCAGCUUCCUGGUUUUGCCCGGUACCGUUGUCGUCUUCGUUGCCUCGUGGCUGUACAUGGACAACCCGCCUCCCAAGGACCCCAACCCUCCUACCGCCAACGAGCCCCAGAAGAUGUCCCUGUUCAACAAGAUGGCAGCUGUCGCCAAGAAGUUCAACAAGAUCUUCCUCGCCGUCGCCACCUUCAUUACGGUUCUCAUUGUGGCGUUUCUCACCAUGUCGGAGGCCAAGAUGCCCGAUUUUGCCAAGGAUGGAGGCUCGGCAUCGCCAGCGCCCGCCGGGCCGAAGCCCGUCACCGGCACCGAGAGCAAGGUCGAGUCGCCUUUCAAGAACACAAUGGCCAUGAUUCGAUGGAACUCUGCGCGCCCUGAGCGGAUUCCCAUGCUGCAGAAGUAUGAGCCGUUUUUCCACACCGUGCACAUCUCGAUGCCGAACAUGUUCCAGGGGGAGGAUCCUGAAUUCCACAACCUGACCCACGACCAAUUCCCUGGAACCUUCACUGUCUACAAGCAAGUGGCCCGCACCAUGAAGCUCAUUUUGGACACAGCGCCCGAGAUCGACGGACUGAUGUACUAUCACUUCGACGCCUGGAUUGACCCCCUCGCCUGGACCGGCAUGAAUCCCUACAAUAUCCACUUCCCCUCCGUCAUCGACACGGCUCCGCCAUCCCACGGCGGGCCCGAGUACAUGUGUCUCACGGAUAUCAAAUUCUACAACUGGUGGGGAUGGGGACAAGACUUCCAUCGCACCUCUAUGGCGGCGUCUGCAGUGGUGGACAAUUUCGACCUCGACUACAAGAUCCGGCGGGACGAGUGGUGUGUUGGCUGGAGUGACAUCUACUACAUUCCCCGACGAUUCUUUGCCGACUAUAUCUUCCUGUCCGAGAUCUUCGCGGGCUUUGGAGUCUUCCACGAGGUUGCCAUUCCCACGAUCGUGCACAUUAUCGACCAGAGUCGCCGGCGCAACCCGUACCGGUCCAUCAUCGACCGCCUUAGCGACUGCUGGGGUAAUUGCUGCACCUCCGACCCUAAGAUCCGUGACGUGCUCGGUGCUCGGUGCGGUCACCGUCUCAACUAUUUGGAUGAGGGGCCGACCAACGCGUUCUACGACAAGCUUGACGCCCAGGCCUCCGUUCUCGGCCAGCCUCUCAACUCGACCAAGUAUGCCAUGACCAGCAACGAGGCCGCUCACCUUUUUGACAGCGCAGUCUUGGCAAGCAUCAACAACGGAGAAGCAAAGAAGGUCGCGCCCGCGAAUGACGACGCUCUGGAAGACGACCAGCGAGCGGAUAAGUUGGCCGCGGAGAAGGCUAAGCAAGAGAAGGAAAUGCUGAAGAAUGAGCAUGCACCCGUCGACAAGACAGAGAAGCCCGGCGACCCUAAGGCUGAUCCGGCCAAGAUUACUCCUCCCCCGCCUCCCUCGGACGACAAAACAGCGAAGCCGAAGGACGCCAAGGAGAGCGAUAAGAAGGAAGAGGACAAGAAGGAGGGUGACAAGAAGGUUGACCCGAACGACGCACUCAGGGAAGCAGACCGGGAUGCGGACGUGAAGCGGAGGUUACGACGGGAGGUUGUGGCUGCCGUCGCUGGACUAGGCUACUAA